GGAGUUGGAGCUGAAGGAAUACGCAUCGCCUGGCCAUGUCACAAACACUGGCCGAGUUCUUUGAGGGCAGCGAGAUCUUUGUCACCGGCGGAUCGGGCGUGGUGGGCAAGGCGCUGAUCGAGAAGCUGCUGCGCUCGACCAAUCUGCGCCGCGUCUAUGUGCUGCUGCGUCCGCGUGGCCAGCUGAAUGCCGAGCAGCGGCUGGCCAAGAUGCGCGAGGCGAAAGUGUUUCAGGUGCUGCGCACGCAGAAGCCCGAGCAGCUGGACAAACUGAUUGCCAUACCGGGCGACGUGGCACAGCCGAACCUGGGCAUCGAUCCCAAUCACUUGAAGCUGCUCGGCCAGGUCUCGAUUGUCUUUCACUGUGCGGCCACGGUGCGGUUCGAUGAGCCGCUGCGCGUUGCCCUCCAGCUGAACGUGGGCGGCACGCUGGAGGCGCUCAAGUUUGCCGAGCAACUGCGUCAUCUGCGCAUCUUUGUCCAUGUCUCCACCUUCUUUAGCAAUCCGUAUUUGAAGCGCGUGGAGCCCAAGUGGUACGGCUCGCCCAUGGACUGGCGCCUUUGCCUGCGGCUGCUGCACGAGAUCAAGGACGACAGCAUCCUGGAUACGCUCACACGCAAAUUGAUUGUGGGCUUUCCCAAUACGUACACGUUCACGAAGAAUCUGGCCGAAUCGCUGAUCAACGAUUAUCGCACGCGCUUGCCGGUUAUCGUCUAUCGGCCGUCGAUAGUGCUCUUCGCCGUGCGCGAGCCGCUGCCUGGGUACGCGCCCUCGCUGAUGGGCGCCAUGGGUCUCUUCUCGCUGGUGGGCGCUGGCCUGCUGAAGACCGUCUAUAUAGGCCGCUCAACGUAUCUGGACAUAACGCCGCAGGACAUGGGCAUCAAGGGCAUGAUCUACUAUACGAAAUGCGGCUACGACGCCUACCGCGAGGGCACGCCAAAAGAGCUGCUGAUAUACCAGACGUCGUCGAAGACCCACAUUCCGUACACCUUCAUCGAGAUGGCCUCCCACAUGGACGCCAUGAAUCUCUGGUACAGCGCCGCCUUUCUCAAGAACCUUACUGUGCCCGGCUGCCACUACACGGACAAUCGUUUCGUCUACAAGUUCCUGUUCAUCACCAAGCAACUGCUGCCAGCUAUAUUGGUGGACCUGCUAUUGAAGCUAUCCGGCCGCCCACCGGCCCUGUUGGCCAUUCAGCGCAAGCUCUACCACACGCUGGAGGUAAUGAAACCCUUCCUGUUCAACAACUAUGACAGUCCUGGCGUCACGGACUAUGAGCGCUUGAUGGAGCAGACCAGAGGCACCGAAUUCGACCUGAGCGAUGAGUACGAAAAUGCGCACAACCAGGAACGCCUAACAUACGCCUGCAAAAAUAUGAUCCAGAGCAUAAGGCACGAUCUGAUGAACGAGGAUCCCAGCACUUUGCCUCGCGCCCAGCUGAUAAUGCGCAUUAAGAAUGGCAUCUAUAAUGCCGUGCGCUUGUAUCUGCUCUAUAAGCUGCUCAGCUGGCUCUGGCUCCGCUUUCUGGCCUAACCCGGACGACAUUUAAGUCUAAGUUAAUGAUUUUUUUGUUUUUUUUUUUAUAGCUAUAUUCUUGGGAAACAUAUUAUUGCCUAGAGAUAAAUGCAAAAAAGUACAAUCCGAAUGAUUCUACAAUACACAUUCUAGACAUUCAACUUCAUACAGAGCUUCAAUAAAUCCUGUACUGAUA